AUGCUCGUUCGGGUGUCGUCGCUCGCGUGGGAAAGAAGUGGUCUUGUUGACGGGAAAAUCGAUCUGAGGAAGCACUUCGUGGAGCACCCGUACUCGAAGAGCGUCGAGGUUGCCUCCCAGGCGGAGCUCCGGUGCAUGCCCCCCGAGGGAGUCCCGCUCCCCCGCGUCGCCUGGCUCAAGGACGACCUCCCCGUCGAGGUGGAACGGGAGCCGAACCUCAUCGUCUCCUCCGAGGGGAACCUCCUCUUCUCGCAGGCGAGGGUGUCCGACUCGGGGAAUUACACGUGCGUGGCCGAGAAUCUCGCCGGGAAGCGGUUCUCGGACGUCGCCGCUCUCUCCGUCUACGUGAACGGGGGCUGGUCCGACUGGGGACCGUGGUCCGGGUGUAGCGCAUCCUGCGGCCGAGGCGUCCAGCGGCGGACUCGGACGUGCAACCACCCGGCCCCCAUCAACGGAGGGGCUCCGUGCAAGGGGGCCGAUACCCAGAAGAUCGUUUGCAAGUCCCUGUGCCCCGCCGUGCACGGAGGCUGGAGCGCGUGGUCGACGUGGUCCGACUGCGGCGUCGACUGCCGCCGACACAGGCGUCGCACCUGCACGGCCCCGCCCCCCCAGCACGGCGGGGAAUACUGCCCCGGCCUGGACAUCGCGAUGGAGAACUGCACGGUGGACCUCUGCUCCCUCUCGAGUUCGGGUCCCGGGGGAGGAGCCACGGCGGCGUACGUCGGAGUGUGCCUGGCGCUGCUGCUCGCCCUCGCCCUCGCGGCGCUGGGCGUCGGGCUCUUCAGGCGGAAGAGCAGGAUCGGGUCGCACGGCGUCUAUGCCAUGGCUCCGUCCGAGGCGACAUCAGGAGGAUACCUGGCGAGCCCGGUGAUAUCAUGCGGACCUGGGAAUGUGGGACUCAAGAAGCCCGUCAUCCUCACCUUCCCCGCCUCCCUCUCCUCCCCCACCUCCCGUGCCUCCCACACCUCCCCUGCCUCCCCCGCCCUCAGGGAGCCCACGAUCUCCGUCCUUUAUGCUCCACCUGCUUUGCAUCACCCUCCGUCUUCCUGGCAUUGCGUGGUGCGAGUCGGAGAGGAGACGAUCAACACCCCGCUGUACACCCAGUUGGACGACGGGGGCCUGUGCCACCUCAUGGUGGAGUCGCUGGGAUCCUACGCUCUCGCUGCUUCCCCUCCCUCCCCUCCCUCCCCUCCCUCCUCUCCUUCCCCUCCAUCCCCUCCUUCCCUUCCUCCCCCGCCUUCCCUUCCCUCCCCUUCGCCUCCCUCUUCUACCUCGCUGUCGAUUGACCUCCACACCCCGUCCCUGUCGCUGGACCUCCACGUCUUUCCUCUCGUGUCGGCCGGUCGAGAUCGUCUUCGGGUGUUCUGCUUCAGAGACCCCGCCGUCCUACAGGAAGUGCGGAUGGAGAAGGAGUACGAGGGAAAGGACGUGAUGGGGGAGACCAAGAGUAUUUGCCUGAGAGAAUUCCACAAGGAGCUGGUCUUCCGCGUUCACGAAAAAAUUCCCGACGCCCACGCGAACUCUCACAGACAUCUCCUCGAGGAUCGGCGAGUCUGUCUGGAGCGGAUCCGCGAGUCUCGAAUGGAGAGCGCAGACUGGAACCUGGACCCAUCCCCCGACCUCGCCUUCUCCAUCCACGUCAGCGACGACGCGGGCAACCACCUCCACACCCUCCACUUCCCCCCGGAGGCUCGGGACGACGGAGUGGUGGAAGGAGGGGACGGGGCGUUCACGGUCCCGAUCGCGGCCAAGCAGUACCUGUGUCGGUGCCUGGAUCCGCCCAGUCCGCAGGGGAACGAUUGGAGGGCGCUUGCGAAACUACUCAAUAUGGAUAGGUACAUCAACUUCUUCGCGACGAAGGCGAGCCCGACCGAGGUGAUCCUCGACCUGUGGCAGGCGAGGCAGGGACCCGAGGCGGUCGCCCGGUUGCUCCACGCCCUCGGGGACAUGGACCUCCGCCUGCCCCUACAGUGA